CUGCGUUUAUUGUUUUGGUUGAUGAGUAAUCUUUGAGAAUCUCCAAGAAACUUCGUCAUUCCUUCGCAAUUAGAUAUUUUACUAUAGUAAAUCCCCCAAAAUGGACUGGCUAUUCGGCAAGAAGAUCAGCCCCGACGAGAUGCUGCGCAAGAACCAGCGGGCGCUGAACAAGGCGAUGCGGGACCUGGAUCGCGAGCGGAUGAAGAUGGAGCAGCAGGAGAAGAAGAUCAUCGCGGACAUCAAGAAGAUGGCCAAGGAGGGCCAAAUGGAUGCGGUGAAGAUCAUGGCCAAGGAUCUGGUGCGCACCCGCCGCUACGCCAAGAAAUUCAUGCUGAUGAAGGCCAACAUCCAGGCGGUGUCGCUCAAAAUCCAGACGCUCAAGUCGCAGAAUACCAUGGCGCAGGCCAUGAAGGGCGUCACCAAGGCCAUGCAGAACAUGAACCGCCAGCUGAAUCUCCCGCAAAUCCAGAAGAUCCUCCAGGACUUUGAGAAGCAGUCGGAGAUGAUGGACAUGAAGGAGGAGAUGAUCAACGACGCCAUCGACGAUGCCAUGGAGGAUGAGGGCGACGAGGAGGAGACGGAUGCCGUGGUCUCCCAGGUGCUGGAUGAAUUGGGUUUGCAGCUGGGCGAGCAGCUGGGAGAUCUGCCCUCCGCCUCGGGUUCCCUUUCCAUUGCGGGUGGCGUGGCGCAGAAGGGACCGCAGGCGGUGGCCGCUGGCGGAAUAGGCGGUGGAGGAGCUGCUGCUGCAGGCGGAGGAGCUGGUGGAGGCGCCACCGGAGGAGCUGGAGCCUCCGGCGGCAGUGGCGCCUCGUCGCCCAUGUCCGAUGCCGAUGCGGAUCUGCAGGCGCGCCUGGAUAAGCUGCGCAAGGAUUGAGCCACCACUGCCUGCCCCUUUUUAUAUAAGAGAACCCG